AGCAAGGUCCUUUGUUUUCACCAUUUUCGUAGUUAUCACUUUCGUUCUGAUUUUUCGCAACGUAAUUAUAUCUACAUGAAGAAUUUCUGGUGGAUUAUUUCCCUCUUUUAGCUACAGAUUGAGCAUUAGAUUCCUUUUUGGAUGUGUCGGUGAUUGAUUCUCUGUGUCAGUUAUGAUAGCUAACGGAUUCGAGAAUAUGGAUAAAGAACGAGUCAAAACGUCCUCGUAUGACUUGGGACGAGUCCCUACCUGAACAAGAGGCUAAAGGAGUUGUGAUUAAAGGACAUGGAAGCAACAUGAUGAUUUUGUCACCACCAUUAAGGGAGGAUGAUUGUGAUGGUCAUUAUGUUUUCAGUUUGAGGGACAAUCUCAUUUCUAUUAUCAAGGUUAAUUAGAGAGCACAAGAGGAACAAAUUGUC